AUGCGUCUAUGCCUCGGGAGAGAGGAGAGUGGUGCAGACACCAUCGCGGUCGCCUGUGGCCGUGGUAACUGCCCACGAGGCGGACAAAGAGGGCAAUUGCGUCCGGCCGAAAUUGCGCAGUCCCGCUUCUUACUAACUCAAGCAUCAAUCAGUACCUCGUCAACAAACUGCCCUUGUCGACAGACCCAAUUCCCAACCGAACUCUCGACCGAACUGCCGACCGAACUCCCGACCAAAGUCCCGACCGAAGUCCCGACUGAACUCCCUACCGCCUGA